CUUUGACUUCGUCGCGAAACAGGACUACUGUGAGUGGCCUGACCAGCGGAGCUUCGAAUGAGUAGCUGAUAUGCGAGCCUUGCCAUCCAUGUUGCAGCUCCCGACGCGAACAUUCAGCGACAAGAAAUGUUCAGAGAGCAAAAGCGCAAGCGGGAAGAGGAAGCGGCGGCCAAUGCCAAGAAACAAGCCAGCAAUGGAGCCGAGGGCAAAGUGGAGAAGAAGAAGGGCGAUGGGGAUGAUGAGGAGGGCGACAAGACUCUGAUCUUGGAUGAGAAUGAUGAUAGCGCCACGGACGAGGAGGAAGCUGAAAGCGCACGCCCUUCGAAAGCGACCCGAGCUGGGUCUGCGGAUCGCCCGACCAAGACUAGUGCUGGGCCACACAGAGCGCAAGGAGAUGUCAGCAUCGGCACGAAUGACCCGGUGGCUGAUUUCAGACGAGCGUUGCAAGAUGCUAGGGAUCCGGCCGUGGUGAUUCGAGCUAUGUGUCAGGUCAGUUGUGCUACCCAAGCAGCAGCGAACGUGGAUCGACGUACGUCUUGCAACCUGCCCCUCACGCCAAAUUGCCCUAUUUUCCGCUCAUCGACCUUCAUGACUCUCUCCUCGCGCCACCUUGAUCCCCGCAGCGCAUACGCCAACUGGUCUCGGAGAGCAUGGCGAGCAACUCGUACGGCAAAGCUCGGGAUUCGAUGAAGGUCUGUCGAGCUGAAGCGGCAGUGGAGGACGAAGCGGAGGAGUGGAACGAGUUUGUGCGAAAGUUCAAGGACGAUCUGCAGCAGCCUACGUUUGGAAGGAGAGCGAGGAGGGAUUUUUGGGAUGGCUAUGUGAGGGGGAUGAUGGAGGUCGGAUUGAUCACGAAGCUGGAGGAUGCGGGAGGUAGGAGUCGG